AUCCGCGGCUCGGCUCCUCCUCCCCCGGUUUGUGUGUGUGUGUGUGUGUGAGUGAGAGAGAGAGAGAGAGUCUCCAGUCCGUUAUUUGAAGGUUGUCUCGUGCAGGAGUGUCACUCUCCAGAUCUUAUGGGACUCCUGAUAACCGCAGUGUUCCUCUGUGCUGCAGUCGGAGUGGGAAGCCGGCCAGUGACCUCACCCCACAGUGAUGCCAAGGUGCAGGUUGAAUGUAUCAUUGAAGAGACGCUGAAUGAGAAUGGGUCACAUGAUGAGUGUGGGCCACAGCUGGCAGAGGAACUCUCCAAAGUGCAGAGACAUGAGGGUCUGCUGAGGGAGCUCCAGAGGCUGGCUGACCAUGAGAAAGAGAGGGAGCGUCAGCAUUACGACUACGACUUUGAGCAGAGGGAUGAGGAAGAGGAGGAGGAGAGAGAAACUACUGACCAUUUGAACAAGACAGACGGAGAGGACACCAAAGAGUUGAUGGAGAAGCCACGAAUCGAGGACAGAGGGAGAGAUGAUGAAGAGGAGAGAGCCAGGGAGCUUGAGGAACUGCUGGCUGAAGAGAUAACUAAGAAAGGGAAGGAGGAGAGGAAUGAUGAAGAGCUAAAAGAGCUGCUGAAAGAGUUGAAAAAGAGGCGAUAUGAGGCUGUGAGGGAGAGAGAGAUCCAGAGAGGCUCAGAGCUAGAGCAGGGGAAGGAGAAGAAGAAAAAGGACAAAGACAAUGAAGAACAAUCAGUGGAGAAGCAAAGGGUUGAAGAGAGGAGGAACAACAAGGUGGAGCUGAUGAUGGAAAAGGAGAAGGUGGAAAAUGAGCUAAAGGAGCUUCUCAAAGAGCAGGACAACAAGAACAAGCUGCAACAGGAGCAGGAGUGGAAGGAGAAGCAAGAGGAGCUGGAUGAACUUGAGAGGAAGAUGAAACAUGUGCAGCAGGAGGAGGAUAUUCAGGGCAGAACAGAAGGUGACUCGCAGGUGGAAGAGAAGACUGUAAAGGAUGAGGGAGAACGAGUCAAGGAGACUGAGGGUAAAGCAGGAGCAUCCCAGAUGAAGGAGCCCCAACAGAAGAGGGUGAUGGAGAAAGCCAGCGAUGAAGCCACACGGCAGUUUGAGCAGGAACACUACAAGAAUCAGGAGGAAGAGGAGGAGGAAUACGUCAGACAGGAUGAAAAGGGGCAAGAGGAAGAAGACAACGAUGAGGCUGUUGAGGAAGAAGAUGAAGGCGAGGAGCUGCUGGAGAUUGAGGCCGAGCUGCAAAAGGUGGCAGCAGAACUGAGAGAGCUUCGCAGAGGAUGAGUCCCGCGGUCUGCUGAGAGGACUCUUUGUUUUAUUCACUUUCACACAUUCAUGAGAAACAUCAGUGUACGUACGCUUUAAGAUGGUCUGGAACAGAUCACUGUUUCCCCAGUGCUCUUUCAGAUGUCUCCAUGUCUCUCAUGUGUCUCAUGUCUCCAUGUCUCUAUGAGAGACAUGAGACACAUGGAGCUGCAGACAUGGAGCUCAUGUCUGCAGCUCCAUGUGUCUCAUGGAGACACAUGAGUUGAGCUCCAUGUGUCUCCAUGUGUCUCAUGUCUGCAGCUCCAUGUGUCUCCAUGUGUCUCAUGUGUUUCCAUGUGUCCUAUGUGUCUCAUGUCUCCAUGUGUCUCAUGUGUUUCCAUGUGUCCCAUGUGUCCCAUGUGUCCCAUGUGUCUCAUGGGUCUCAUGUCUCCAUGUCUCUCAUGUCUCCAUGUGUUUCCAUGUGUCCCAUGUGUCCCAUGUGUCUCAUGGGUCUCAUGAGUACUGGCGCUCACUCAGUGCUUUUCCUGUCAGUGAACUGAACUGAAGUCUUAUGUGUAUUUGAAGUAUUUGAAGUAUAAUAAUUGAUUAUUUGAUAUUUCAUUGACGACUGCUGUAUGUGUAAACUGAUGGUGACUCUUCUACACUGGUCAUUAUCAUCAUCUUUUGGCUCAUGCACUGUUAAAAACAAGACUGUUUGAUUUGAACCACGGUGACGUUGAGUUUCCCAGCACGUGGUUAGUGUGCACUGAAAGGACGAGAUGUACUCAGAGCUUACAAGGUCUUAAAAGUGUCACUUCAGGUUCUCAGUCAGCUUUGCACUCUUAUCUUAACAUGCCACGGAGGAGCCAAGAGCAGAGUGACACACUAAAGCCAUCUGUUGACAAUCACUGAUAAACUCAUGUCAUCUGUCUACAUAUCAGCUGCCAUAAGCCCCUUUCCACUCCCAUGUUCUCCCCGUGUGUGCGUGGGUUUUCUCCGGGUUCUCCGGGUUCUCCGGGUUCCGCCCACACAGUCCAAAAACGUGCAACAUGGGGAUCAGGUGAUUGGUCAUAGGUGUGAGGGUGACGUCCAGUGUCUGUGUCAGACGGAGUCUGUGCUCCGGUCAUGGAGGAAGAACUGAACUAACUGACUCUAAUGAUUCAAUACACUGAAAACAACUGCUUUACAAGUCACGCAUCACAAGUGUGUGAGUGAGUGAGUGAGUAGUGAGUGAGUGAGUGAUGGAAACACAACCAGAACUGUGAAGUGGUGAGACAGGUGAGCUGAGCUUAGACCAUGUAGUGGAAACACGGCAAUAGUCUUUCUGCCAAUGUCAUAGAAAUGAUUAAGUCACGCCCCCAAGAGGACUCUGUGUGGACAUGCACAUGGUGCAAAUUUAACAGGGUUACAGUGGAAGCCCACUUCACUGCAAUAAUACAGUGCAGAAAACAGCACAUGGGAAUGCAAUAAUUAUUCCAAUAAGUCAUAACGUCAUAUAUUUUAAUAUGUAAUCAAAGUGCAUGGUUUUUAGCCAAUAUUUACAGUUUCAGAAACCAUCAUGAAGCAACACUAACGUCUAUUCCAAAGAGUAGAUUUCUGUUCACUGAAGAAUAAAUAAAAAAAUGAAUCGUUUGUAAUUUUCUGUUAAUAUUAGGAAUAUUGGCUUUUUUUACCGAUAUUCGAUGUGCUGAUGUUGUCCAACACUUAAUUUCCAAUUCAAAUAUCAACCGAUACGAUACCGAUAUAUAUAUACAGGCUUAUUCCCCACAAAACUCAUUUUAGGUCACAUCUCAUAUUUCCUGCUGUGGAAUUAAAACAUAUUGCCUACUUUUAUUGUUCAUAUAAAGAUCUAUAAAAACCUCUUAUAGAUCAUUAUAUUCUAUUUUUUUAAUUCAUGGAGUUUCACAUUUGUAAAACCUUCCUAAAGGCCAUGAAAAGCCCAGAGUGACGUGUCACGGCUGUGUAGGAGCACAGCAAAGCGCGGUCACGUGACGUCUCGUGAACGACGCUACUGUCAGUGAACUGUACGAAAUUAAAACUUUAUGAGAAAUGAGGUUUUAGUUAUUUAUUCGUCGCUCAGUAGGAUUUAUUUUAAAGCUUAUUAUCGAUGUAUUACCGAGCUGCUGCGUGGAUUCACUGACAUGCUGCACUUUAUCACUUUGUUGUAUAAAUAUUUAAAAUGUGUUAUUACAUAUAAGUUUUAUGACGUCAAAUAAACAUAAUUACAGAAUGAACAGAAACAUGUUCUACUCUGUACACUGUAGGGUUUUUUUCAGUUUACAGCAAAUUUCAUCAUUAUUAUACAUUAAAUGACAUUUUUAAAAUGCAUUAUAAAUAUGCUAAAUACUAAAUACAGCAUUGUAAAAAUAACACCUAUUAAAAUAUGUUAUAUUAAAUGCUUAAAUAUCACAGUAAACACAACUGUGUGACUCCCAUCAUGCUUUUGGCUGCUCAUGCACGACUUGUUCACGUAGCUGAGAGGCAUGAUGGGAGUAACUCUACCAUUGUUGUGCUGUUUUCAUACAUGUGACACUAGAUUACUGCUACCUUUGUGUUUGUCUGUUGUGAGUGUUCAUGCAGUUCAUGCAGUUUCUAAAUCAACGCUGUGACUGUUAUAUAAAUAAAAGGCACUUUUACCUCGAAUCAAUUAUUGCUUACUGCGUCUCCAGCUCGCCACAAUGUCCUGAUAUUAUCGGACAUCCCUGGUUGAUACACAGUACAAGUGCAAAAUAUCUCCACAUAAUGUGUUUUACAAACAAGCAAGAAUGAAUGAAUGAAGUGUUACUUUCUGCGCAUAGAGGACAUUUUAAGUAACGGUCAAAGGAAAAUAAAGGAAAAUAAAACCCUGAAACAUGAUUUGUAAUACUACUGGCUGCUCAAAGUGCUGUAUGCUGUGCCUGGUGUAUCUUCUUCUUAUGCUACCUGUCAAUCAAUAAAUGGAAAAUGGUU